ACCAGUGGCGCAACCAUGGUCAGGUUUAGUUCUUUCUCUACUUCUGCUUUUAAAGCCAAAAGGUAUGUUCUUGAAGAUCUAAAACCCUCAUUCUUUUCUCUUCAAACCCACCUCUUCCUCUGCACACACACCAUCGUCUCUGCAAAACAAGACCCCAAUAGUUUCACAAUGAAUUACUUGAUAAACUCGUGUGGGUUGUCACCGGAAGGAGCCAUUUCGGCAUCCAAGUGGGUCAAGUUGCGAUCCGCAGAGAAAGCAGACUCCGUUUUGGCCCAUUUCAGAAACCAUGGCUUCUCUGAAACCCAGAUCGCCCAGGUUGUCAAGUUACGCCCAAAAUUUCUCACUGCCGAUUUUGAGAAAACCUUAUUGCCAAAGAUCGAGUAUUUCACCUCUGCUGGUCUUUCAAGGGAGGACCUUGCCAAAGUUGUGUCUAUAAAUCCAACACUGUUGGGGCACAGCUUGGAGAAACAGAUUGUACCUGUUCAUAAGUUCAUUAGGAGUCUGCUUUCUGAGCAAGAUUCCAUUACUGUUUUGAAGCGUGGCUCCCGGAUUUUCUCGGCUAGCCAGGGGAAUGUUCUGGUGCCAAAUAUUGAGUUUUUGAUUGAAUUGAGUAUGCCCAAGUCAUGCAUUGCUUUGCUGCUUACUAAUUGUACUAAUGAUGUGCUUGUAAACCACGAGAAGUUUGCGAAAGCUGUGCUUGAGGUCAAGGAAAUGGGAUUUGAUAUGGAAAACUCGAGAUCCUUGUGGGCAAUACGUGCAUUGUGUAGAAAGGAUAAAAUGGAUCAUUGUCGCCGACUUUAUAUGAUGAGGUGGGGUUGGUCUGAGGAUGAUGUUGUCUCUGCCUUCAGGAAGUUUCCUCCUUGUAUGCUUCUUUCGGAGAAGAAACUAAUGCAAGUGAUGGACUUUUUGGUGAACAAGAUGGGAUGGCCUUCACGUAUGAUUGUCAGAAACCCUCUGGUUUUGUCAUUCAGUUUGGAGAAGAGGAUAAUCCCAAGGUGUUCUGUUGUUAAGGUUUUGAUGUCGCGAGGGUUGAAAAACGAAAAAGUGAAUAUGAGUUAUGUUUUGCAUCAUUCGGAGAAAGAAUUCUUGGAGAAAUAUGUGACCAAGUAUCUUGACCGAGUACCUCAAUUGCUGAGUGUGUACCAAGGGAAUGCGGAUAUCCAGGAUGCAAAAUUUUUAGCCCCCCCUGAUGCUGCACUACAUAUUUACUAGCAAUUUUUUGGUUAUUCACAAACUCUCCGUGGUCUUCAUUUAUGACUUGUUGGACAACAAUCCUUGAGAUGGUCUUGUUUCUUUUUCUUUAGUGAUAAAGAUUACAGUUUGAUUAACAUUCAAUAUCAGAAGGGCCUGCAGGGCCUGGCUAAUGUAUGAGCAGCCGUAUUCCAAAUGCAAUGCCUCUGUUGGACUGUCACUGUAUUCCAUGUUAUGAAUAGCCUUAUUUGCAUCAUCAUGGGUCCUUCUGUAGCGUAAACUUCUCAUUAUAGGAUCUUAAGGAGCAUCUCUGGUGCAUAUUCCACCAUCUUGAGGCCUGUGUUGGACUACUGUUCAUUUGUUCAACUUAAAAAUAUUUGUGGUAGAAGGGACUGCUUUCUAUGAAGUAACCUCACCUUCUCUUUUGCUGAUGAUUGGAGCACUGAGUAUGUCGACUUGUCAAGUAAGUUUUGAAUACAAUUGAUUAUGACAAUUUACAGGGUAUUUGUAUAUUACAACUACUGCACUGAUCUUGAUCAUGAGGUAACUUAUGAACAUGAUUAAUUGAUAAUUACUUCUAUGUUUUACUUGUGACUGCGAUAAUUUAUAUAUUCAGUUGUAUCUUUCUAUAGUUGUCUUACAUCUUCAGAUGUCAUGUUGAUGUGAUUUUAGUCCAGUUUAUGUGGUCUAUCUAUAUUUAUGCCGAUUCAGUUUGUGAGUAGUAGCACGCAACACAUAAAGAACAGGAUAUAGAAGAUGCAAUCUUUGGAAGUGCUGUAUGGUAAAAGUUUAAUCGGAUAAGCUGAAAAGAUUGAGGGCUAGUCCCUGGAAUAAAUUGAUACAAUGAAUGGAAAGCUUGUGCAAGUAGUCUGAUAUCAACAACAGACUAGUCCUAGCAUUUGUGGAAGCAGAGGGCUCUCCCUUUAUGAAAGGUUGUUUCACAGGUCAAACCAUACAUUGCUGAUAAAACUAACAAGAU